ACUCCCACAGAAUUGACACUGUGUCAAGGUUUGAUAACCUAUUCAUUCAUACGACAUUGUCGCCAUUUUGUGAGGAGUGCAAAAACCGUCAAUACACAAAAUGGUUCCUAAUCAUCUUAUACUGUGUAUGUUAUUAUUUUAUGUCAAUUGUGAUGACAGUCCCGACAAGAGGAUUCUCUUGAGUGACCCCGACUACGUCCAACAACAGUUGAUACACCUACAGAGUGAACUACAGUCCCUACAGGCCACGGUACAAUCACAGAAUACUGAGCUACACACUCAAUCUGGUGAACUACAGACCCUACAGGCCACAGUACAGACACAGACGAGUGAAAUAUCCUCUCUGAAACAACAACUCGUACAGGCAAAUUCUGAUGGUGGUGGUUCGACUUUUGUCCGUUGGGGACGGACCGACUGUCCUGCCAACCUGACGGAGCUCGUGUAUUCUGGUUAUGCAGGCGGUUCUUGGUAUGGCCAUUCCGGAGCUGCAGCUGAUCCUCUUUGCUUGCCAUCUGAUCCAGAAUGGUUACAGACAACAAUUGUACCAGACACCUACACCGGACAAAUUUAUGGGGCAGAGUACGAAUCGGUUAAUGCUCACACGCUGUUCGGCCCAAAAUCACACGACGAAGAAGUUCCGUGUGCGGUCUGUAGAUCGACGUCCUUUGUCUCCUCUGUGAUGAUACCGGCGAGGACGACAUGCUACAGCGGCUGGACGAAGGCGUACGGUGGCUCACUGGCGUCAGGUUACUACGCUCAAGCUGCUGCUUCUCAAUUUGUGUGCAUAGAUGAGCAUGCGCAGCCUGUUGUUGGAGGUGGAGACAGAUAGACGAUAAUGGUUUAUUAUUUUAUGGAGUCAGGGCUUAUUGUGGCUCCCUGCGAUGUCCACCAUACGAGAAAGAUAAAUUUAUAGCCUGUGUGGUUUGCAUGAAAUAAAUCUCACGAAAAUCAAGUGUUGAACUCGGACGUUUA